AUAUAUGUCAAAAAGUAUGCUUUUCAUAGAGGACACUACCGCAAGGCUGUGCGUGGUGUCCAGUGCACUCACUACUCUUUGAGUUUAAUUUUUUUAUUUAUUUUACGCGUGCGCUUUUUUGUCUUUUCUUUUUUUUUUUUUUUGCAAUUUAAUUUUCCCCGAAGUUCCUCGCAAAUCGUGUUGCAGCGGAGAGAGCGAUAAAGGGGUUAAAGAGAGUACAGCGGGGAAAGUGAAUCAGUAUGGAAGAAAAUGAUCACGGCAACAGAGACGUGGUGGAGCGGCAGGAGUCGGCGGAUGAAUCCAACAGAGCCAUCCUUCCCCUGUUACAGGCGCCGGGGAACCUGCAGAUCCCUCACCGGGUCACCAAUUUCUUCAUCGACAACAUCUUGCGGCCGGAUUUCGGCAAAAGAAAGGACGGAGGCGCAGACCGUGAAGAGGGCAGCCUCGCGUCGCGGGAGAGCCACAACAGCCCCGCCGCGCCCCAGUCCGAGCCUGUGGGGAGCACGGUGCCGGCGGAGGGGACCUCCACUCCGCAUACUGUUACCGCGGCCAAGAAGCCUGCUAUAGCCGCCGAAGAGCCCCUGAAACCCCGCGGGGAGAACGGAGACCAGUGCCUAAGCUCAGACUCAGACAGUUCCCAAGCCAGCUCAAACCCAGCCAGCAAGUCCCAGGGCAUGCUGUGGCCAGCCUGGGUCUACUGCACCCGAUACUCGGACAGGCCUUCAUCAGGGCCCAGAUCCCGCAAACCAAAGCAGAAAACAGCCAGCAAAGAGGACAAGCGACCACGGACGGCCUUCACCGCAGAGCAGCUGCAAAGACUAAAAUCGGAGUUCCAGACAAACCGGUAUCUGACCGAGCAGAGGCGGCAGAACCUGGCGCAGGAGCUGGGCCUCAACGAGUCCCAGAUCAAGAUCUGGUUUCAGAACAAGAGGGCCAAAAUCAAGAAGGCCACCGGCCCGAAGAACGGCCUGGCCUUGCACCUGAUGGCACAGGGACUUUACAAUCACGCCACCGUCUCGAAAGACGAAAAAUCAGACAGCGAUUGAUGAAUUUCAGAGAAGUAACAGCAGCCUCCUGACGAAAAAGAACCUAUAGUAGCCCUGUAUCGGUUUUUUU